UUAUUUACAGCAUUAUGGGUUUAUGUCAGCAUAGCAAACGAUUUCUUUACAGCAUUAAGUGUAUGUUUCAGCAUAGCAAACGAUUUAUUUACAGCAUUAAGUGUAUGUUUCAGCAUAGCAAACGAUUUAUUUACAACAUUAUUGGUAUGUUUCAGCAUAGCAAACGAUUUAUUCAAAGCAUUAUCG